ACACAUGAGUGAAGUGUUUGUUUUGGCAGGGGUAGGACGACGGUAGCCUAGGUCGCACAUGAAGGAGCUGAGGCCGAACGAAUGGGAUGCAGACGAUACGGGGGCCCAGGAGACUUGCAGAUGAGGAUCGUUAGACUAAGAAGUUCGUCAAGACUAAGCUGUGUCUAAUAGCAACCUCACAACUAAUGGAGCCCACAGAAGAAACAUCGACGAGCCUGGUGAAUUUCAGGAACUUGACUAAUUCCUCGUGUUCCCGUAAUAAUGUCGUAAAGACGACGGUUUUCCCCGUUCUCUAUUCUCUUCUUUUCCUGCUAGGAAUCACCCUCAAUGGUCUAGCAGCAUGGGUGUUUUUCAGCAUCCCGAGUCGCUCGCACUUCAUCAUUUACCUCAAGAACAUUGUGGUGGCUGAUAUCUUCAUGACUCUGACUUUCCCGUUUAAGAUCCUGUCUGACUCAAACAUGGCCUCGGUUAGUCUCCGCAUCUUCGUCUGCCGCGUUUCUUCCGUGGUUUUCUACCUUACCAUGUACAUCAGCAUCAUUUUCUUUGGCUGUAUCAGUAUUGACCGCUGUAAAAAGACUCUCUACCCUUUUGUUGUCACCAAUUCUAAACAGCUGGCCCAUAGGAAGCUCCUAUCAGCUGGUAUCUGGGUGGCCAUGCUGGUGCUUUCUCUCCCUAACAUGAUUCUCACCAGCAAGAUGCCUAAAUCGGACCAGUUUAGCUGCAGUAGCCUGAAGACCGAGCUGGGAUUAAAGUGGCAUGAAAUAGUCAACCACAUCUGCCAGGUAAUUUUCUGGGGUAAUCUGAUAGCAGUGGUGGUGUGUUAUAUACUCAUUUCCAAGGAGCUCUUUAAAUCCUUUGCACGGACUCGCAUUCUGAGUACGGCAGCUGAGAGCCAGCAGAGGAAGAAAAAAGUGAGAGCUAACGUCUUCCUAGUUCUCGCAGUGUUCUUCAUAUGCUUCGUGCCGUUCCACUUCGCCCGAGUUCCUUACACCUUGAGCCAGACGAGGGAGCAUCAUUUCGACUGCAGACAGAAACUUAUCUUCUUCCAGGUGAAAGAGAGCACACUGUGGCUGUCCGCUCUGAACUCUCUUCUAGACCCGCUCAUCUAUUUCUUCCUCUGUAGGUCCUUCAGGGACUCGCUCUUCAAAAUCCUACAUCUCUCGACCGGGAGGUGCGGAACAUCUCUGUUCAGUGUGGACACUCCUGCUGAUAGCAACCCUGUGGGAAAACGUUCAACACAAAUAUAGUAAAGUUUUCCCUGUGUGACUCUUUUACAAAUGAUCCUGAAUGUGAAUAUUAUAAACCUCUGAUAAUGUUUUAUAAUAUAGAGAAAUUUAUGCUAUUUGUGUAUUUUUGCUAUGAAAAUUAAAUCAAGGAAAAAAAGUCAAUUAGACACUUUAAUCUUUAUAUUCUAAAUAAAUCAGUAGAUUAAAAAAGGUUUAUAAAUCCGAUUAAAAUGUGAAAAAAAAAAUUUCUAAUUAACCAAUUUUAAUGACUGACUUGCUUGACGUUUGCAUCUAUUUCACUAAAUACUUCUUUAAAUAUCAUUAAAACAGCCCACCAUGUUGUGGUUGUUGUUUUUUUAUUUUUAUUUUCAGGAAGUGUUUUUACAGAGACUUUAUUUUCCAUAACAGCAGCUCUGACUUCAGUUUCACGGAUGUUCCAU